CAGCCAGAAAAGAAAAAAACGAAAAAUCUCUGCACCUCACGCACUCUGCCCGAAGCUCCAUUGUCGCUGCCAUUCCAAAAAGAGGCAAAAGCUCUGUUCCUCCACCGCUGCCACCUCCAGCUCCUCCCCCACUCCCCCCCACAAGAGAGAGAGAGAGAAAGAAAAAGGCAAAGCUUUCAUCUUUGCAAUGAAAGAACCCAGAAAAAAGCUUGGAGCCAGAGCAGCCUAGUAAAAUGGUGUCACUUUGAAGAGCUGCAUAGCAUAGCCCCCCCUCACCCAAACCCAAACCAGAACAAAAACGAAACCCAUUCAUUCCCUUCCACGUUGAAAGCAACUCAUCACACAGCAAGAAAAAUGAUGGAACAGAAGAGAGCAGAACAAACCAGUGUUUCUUUCCUCUCCUUCCUCUGAUUCUUCUCCCUCCCCUGUUACUUGUUUCUAAACUACUCUGCCUCUCUCUACCCAUCUCUCUGUUUUUGGGUUGGAUCUGGAAGGAGCAAAAAUGGGUUGCUUUUACUCUCGGCUGGAGAGAGAGGAAAUGGUGUCGAGAUGCAAGUCCAGGAAGAGAUACAUGAAACAGCUGGUGGAAGCUCGACAAGCCAUGGCUAAUUCCCACGCAAUGUACCUUCGCGCACUUCGCUCCACUGGAGCAGCCCUACUCACCUUCUCCAACAUCGAAACCAAUCUCCACCACCCCCACCUCCGCCCCAAUUACAACCACUACCACCACCGCCACCAACCGGCGAUCCCGUCCCCCUCGCCUCCUCUCCCACCGCCGCCGCCGCCUCCUCCAAUGAGCCCCAGCUCCGACACCACCUGGACCUCGAUCUCCGCUUCCCCUGCUCCGCCGCCGCCUCCGCCGCCGGUUCCUCAGUCUUCCAGCUGGGAUUUCUGGGACCCUUUUGUCCCUCCUCCGCCGUCGGCCACUCGGUCGGGGACGACCAUGGAGGAGGAAUGGGAGGAGGUCACCACCAUGACUGUCUCUGAAGCGGCGGUUACUGGCACGGCCAGCGCCAGCAUUACGGCGCCGCCAUCGAUGAUCAGUGGGUUGACGACGGCGAGCGGCAGCGGAAGUGAGCUGGCCAUGGUGGUCUCGAGGAACAGUAAAGAUCUGGUGGAGAUUGUGAAGGAAGUGGAUGAGUAUUUCCUCAAAGCAGCUGAUGGAGGAACCCAGCUCUCUCUGCUCCUCGAGCUCCCUACUUCUGGUUUCUCCGCUCAAAGCAGCAAAGGGGGUAAAGUCUAUAACUAUGGCUGCAAUUUGGCGAGUCCAGCUUCAUGGACAUGGAGUUCAAGCACCAAACUGAAUGGGUUUGGGAAAAUGGGAGACGAAAUGUCGAUUUGCAGCAACAUUGGAGACGAGAAAAAAGGAUUCAGCCAUUGCUCUACCGUGGAGAGGCUGUAUGCUUGGGAGAAGAAGCUAUUCGAGGAGGUGAAGAAUGCUGAGAGUAUAAAGUUUGAGCAUGAGAAGAAAUUGGCAUUGCUAAGGAAGCUGGAAUUGAAGAGGGCUGAUUAUUUGAAGACUGAGAAAACAAAGAAGGAAGUUGAGAAACUGGAAUCUCAAAUGAUGGUUGCUUCCCAGGCCAUUGAAUCCACCUCUACCGAGAUCAUCAAGCUGAGAGAGACUGAGCUCUACCCUCAGCUGCUUGAGCUGGUAAAAGGGCUGAUGUGCAUGUGGAGAGGCAUGUACGAGUCCCACCAGGUCCAAACCCAUAUCGUACAACAGCUCAAAUACCUCAACACAAUUCCAUCCACUGAACCCACCUCUGAGAUUCACAGGCAGGCAACCCUUCAGCUGGAGCUCCAAGUCCAACAAUGGCACCAAUCCUUCUGCAACUUGGUGAAGGCUCAGCGAGAUUACAUCCAGUCCCUUAUGGGCUGGCUGAGGCUGAGCCUGUUCCAGUUCAGCAAAACCCCAAUCUACUCCAGAACCACUCAGGAAUCCAAGAUUUACUCGCUCUGCGAGGAAUGGCACCAUGCCGUUGAUCGGAUCCCGGACAAAGUUGCUUCUGAAGGGGUCAAGAGCUUUCUGACUGUAAUCCAUGCAAUUGUAGUUCAGCAAGCGGAAGAGCAUAAGCAGAAAAAGAAGUUGGAAUCUGCGUCCAAGGAGUUUGAGAGGAAGGCGGCAGAGCUUAGGUCGCUGGAGAACAAGUAUGGAUCAUAUUCAAUCGCUGAAAGCUCAGUUACUAGUAGAAGCAAAGACCCGGUUGCUGAUAAGAGAGCCAAAGUCGAGGUGUCGAGAGCUAAGGCGGAAGAAGAGAAGAUGAAGCAUGACAAGUCAGUGAGCAUCACCAGGGCCAUGACAUUGAACAAUCUACAAAUGGGUUUCCCCCAUGUGUUUCAGGCAAUCGUCGGGUUUUCCAGCGUUUGUAUGCAUGCGUUCGAGUCAGUGUACAACCAAGCCAAAACCGGCGGCGACCCUCAGCAUGAAGUGAAGAGAAUAAUGGGCUAGCCAUACAAGAUCAAAUCAUGUUUAGGACAAGAGGAAGGCUUGGCCAAUGCUCCUUGUAAAUAGAUAGGAUAGACUUGACUGGGCAAAGGGAUUGCUCCUAUUUGGUGGACGGGAUUGAUCCAGGAAGAAACGAGUAGCUUGUGGAGAUUUUGGAGUGAUGAAGAAGAUUAGAAGUUAUGCAGCAAUAGUUUGAGGUUUGAACCCAACUCUUUCUCUUUCUGGACAAUUAGUUUCGUGUUUCUGAGUGUCAAUAUUUUUCGUUUGGCUAGUUUCUGUGCUAUGUACAAUUCUGACAACGCUCCUCCUUGAUUAUGUCAGUUUGGUAGUUGGUAAUGUUAAGCUUCCUGUCUGGAAAGGUGGUAAACUGAAGCAAAUGAUAAAAAACCCUAUUUGGAUACAUUCUUUCACACAGUCCAUUCAGAUUCAAAAUCC